GGCUUCGCUGCAGUCGUUGGAUUCCCUUUGUCUGGAGGGACGCAGUGCUUGGGGAGGUUGCGUGUUGCUAUGAGUGUUGUGAUGGUGCAUUACUGACAAGUGUGUGAUGGGUAGAAAGUUCUCAAAAACUAUAACUUUUGCGACGUUACCCAUAUUAAUGUGUGUAUUUUUCGUUCUGGAAAGUGCUAACAACACGAGAGAAGAUUCGCAUGAAUGAAGGACUCAGACAUGAAAGCAAGGGCAAGACUUCGACGAAUACCGUGUUAAAAUUAAUAGAGUAGUGAGUAGCAAUAUUUUGUCACGUAUUGGUGAAAUUAAUGUUCGUGGAUUAACGACAGAUGGAGUGAAGUGAUAUAUAUGUAAAUGAAUUGAAAAAGUAAGACAGGAAAAGGAAUGAGACAACGUGCAAAGAGGCUGCUGCAACACAUGUUUCGUGCCGUUUACGUGGAAUCGUACGUCUUUGUACUCAAGGAGUCGACGUUGAGGACUCAGCGUAUUAUUCAGAUGUGGCUGUGAUAUUGAAAAUCUUUUCUCUCUUUCUCCGCCAGUUGACAACACCAAGAACAGAAAAAUUCGUUCAAGAAUUUAAUUCUGGAGUUAUUCGAGCGAUUAAAGGAUUUCAUCGACGUACGAAGACAACCGACAAAAGACCAUUCUCGGGACGGAUAUUUCUGACCCGUGUUCGAUAGCAACUUCAUGGCUGUAGUUGGUCCUAGCAGACACUCCAGAGUGUCCAUGUCCGUGUCGAUGCCGCUCAUGCCUGGCGGGGGAGGAGGGGGAGGACACCAACAAGCCAUAUUAGCAGCUGCCCAGCCUUAUUACCACCCACAACAUUCUCACCAAACUCCAGCAACGCCUGCACAUUCUCACACACAGGAUGUGCAACCGGAUAGACCAAUCGGUUAUGGAGCUUUCGGAGUCGUUUGGGCGGUGACGGACCCCAGGGACGGGCGACGCGUCGCGCUCAAGAAGCUGCCCAACGUCUUCCAGUCGCUCGUCUCGUCCAAGCGCGUCUUCCGGGAGCUCAAGAUGCUCUGCUUCUUCAAGCACGAGAACGUGCUGUCCGCGCUGGACAUCCUCCAGCCGCCGCACCUGGACUUCUUCCAGGAAAUCUAUGUCAUCACGGAGCUCCUGCAGAGUGACCUACACAAAAUAAUAGUAUCUCCCCAGCACCUGUCCGCCGACCACAUCAAAGUCUUCCUCUACCAGAUCCUCAGAGGUCUGAAAUACCUGCAUUCUGCACGCAUCUUGCACCGUGAUAUAAAACCGGGGAACCUACUUGUCAACAGCAAUUGUGUCCUCAAGAUCUGCGACUUCGGGUUGGCACGCGUAGAGGAGCCAGACCAGUCGAAGCACAUGACUCAGGAAGUGGUGACACAGUACUACCGGGCGCCUGAAAUACUGAUGGGCGCGCGACACUACUCCGCUGCCGUAGACGUCUGGAGUGUCGGCUGCAUCUUCGGGGAGCUUCUUGGGCGACGCAUCCUCUUUCAAGCGCAGAGCCCAGUCCAACAGCUGGAGUUAAUAACAGAACUACUCGGCACACCGUCGCUGGAAGACAUGCGGUACGCUUGUGACGGGGCACGAACCCACAUGCUGCGACGUGCGCCUAAGCCGCCCUCCAUGGCUGCCCUAUACACUCUCUCUUCACAGGCCACACACGAGGCAGUGCACCUGCUGUGCCAGAUGCUGGUUUUUGACCCUGACAAGCGAAUAACAGUGGGUGAUGCCCUGGCUCACCCGUACUUGGACGAGGGCCGCUUGAGAUAUCACUCCUGCAUGUGCAAGUGUUGCUACACAACUCCGGGAGGCCUCAGGCAGUACACGCCGGACUUCGAGCCUGUCGCACCCCACAGCUUCGAUGAUCUGUGGGAGAAGAAGCUGACUUCUGUUCAGCAGGUCAAAGAGGAAAUGCACAAGUUUAUUGCAGAACAACUGAAUACCAGUAGAGUCCCGUUGUGCAUUAAUCCUCAAUCUGCAGCUUUCAAGAGUUUUGCCAGCUCUACAGUUGCCCACCCGUCUGAACUACCUCCCUCGCCCCAUCAAUGGGAGUGACGCUAUCCUCAUCCUAGCAUCCAAUUGUGAAAAUGUCUAGAAUAUUCUCGUUCUCGCCCGGUUGUUGGGUUGCUUCUCUUCCACAUGUGGCAGCCGAGUGGGGUAUGGUUUGCACCUAAUGCAAAUUAAUAACUUAACAUACCUGAAUUUUGAUUCCAGACUAAUCUUCACGAACUAACGUUUCUAAACGUGGUGGUGAAGUGUGUAGGAGUGUGGCUGUCGGGAGAGUAAGGACACAUCACGAUGGCAACCGUCAAAAAUAAAAGAUUUCGUAUUGUUGGUAAAUACUAAUAAACAAAUUGGGAAGUGUAAAUAGUGAACUGUGCCUCUGUAUAUACCGAGAUGUGAUUGUAUUAAUGAUGCCAUUACAUGCAAUCAGUGCAGUGUUAAUGAACAAGUGAAAAUGUGUGUGACACUCAUUUGAUAUUUGCUUCAAAAUGUGGUAUUAACUCUGACAGGCCUGUUCAGAGAGUAACCGUGUCACGUGGCAAAAGAAGUGUGUGUUCAUUAGUACUGAUUGAACACUGUAUUAAAAGUGUGUGUGUGUGUGUGUGUGUGUGUGUGUGUGUGUGUGUGUGUGUGUGUGUGUUUGGGCGCGCGUGCGUGCACACAUGUGCGCCAGUGGAUUUGUACACAAAAUAAUGGUAUCUGCCUAGUAUCUGGAAGGCAGUUUCAUGGUAAAUCAGUGCAUUUGAUACAAAAUUUAUUUGACUGUUAAUUUAUCUACUUAAUAAGGCAUGUAUCUUUAUUUAUGUAUUGUAAAAAUAUUUAGUGGUGAGUUAUCAUAUACAUCUGAGACUGCAGUGCAUUCAAAUUUUUUGGUGUUUAAAUAGUGAGAUCUGAAAUUGGUUUCUUUCAGUUACUGCAUUGCUUCUUCGUUAUCUGUGUCCUAACUCAUAAAACACUUUCUUGAUAUGUCUGUAGUUCCAGUUGGCUAACACGUUUCCUUGUCUUAUUUCACCUUCAUUAUAGUUGUAGCAUAAAUUUAAGUGCUGCUUAAGUUGUGGGCAUAGCAAGAUGCCUAGUAACUGUUAGUGUAGGAGACUAAGUUAACUGAUGGGGAAAUAUCUGAUACUGAUGUUCAUAAAAUAGUGACACAUCCUUAUUUUUAAUAUAGGAAAGAGGUUUGCUAAUUGUAAUUUUUGUGUGUAUUUCAUCUGUUGUGUGAGGACAUUGCGAUGUGAAGAUGUAUAGUAGCUAUUAACAGUAUGUUAUGUUUUUAAUUAUUAUUUUUAGCUAUGAAGCAGAAUAAAAAAAUCUCAUGGCUCUGUUAACUUUUGUUUUGUGUUGGGCUUACAUUUAUGUUUGCAUUUAAUAUUUUCAACAGCAUUAUAAAUAAUGUGUUACAUAGUAAGAUUUCUCUCUCUCUCUCUCUCUCUCUCUCUCUCUCUCUCUCUCUCUCUCUCUCUCUCUCUCUCUCUCUCUCUCUCUGUGUGUGUGUGUGUGUGUGUGUGUGUGUGUGUGUGUGUGUGUGUGUGUGUGUGUGUGUGUGUGUGUGUGUGUGUGUGUGUCUCAAACAGUAUAAAAUUUGCAGGCCUCUGUAGAUCACCGCUUGCCUUCAGGUUGUGUGUUAUCAUUAUUACUCUUGCAUUCUUGCUUGUAAAUAAGAUAAGGAGAGCCAGUCAUUGUGACUGAAUUGUUUUGUUAUUAUUAAUGUGUAGCUGUAAUACAUCCUGCUAUGCCCUAUUUUAAAGCUCUUAAUGCAAUACACUGCUGAACAUUUUGUUUGCAUAUGUAUCCACCGAUCUCAUAACACCAAUUAGUCAGAUUUUUUACAGUUUAUUUCUUAGAGCAUUGUUGCUUAGUUGAUGUAUUUGAACUCUCUUAAUGAAUGUUUCCUAUUAUUUUAGUUAUUAGGGUAUGAGAGGAUUGAUUUUGUGUUCCUCUGGUCAAUAUUUUAAAGUGUGAGCAUUGUGAGGCUUGAGUGUGAGAGCUUUGUAUUACUUUCAGAUUUAUUGAAAAUGACUUCUUAGACUAGGCGAUAAAAUGUUUCCCUAGUGAACUGACUUGUGUGCAUUUAAUGUAUUACCUACAUUUUAUGGUACCAGCUGACCACAAAAUUAAAAAAAAAAAAAAAACAUUUGUAACUGAUGUACUGCAUUACAAUAUGCCUAUAAGGAUUACUUCAGAAUAGCAGACUUUUGAUGAGGAAAAUCACUAUAUACACACAUAACUUGUAAUUUGAAAAGGUAAAGAAAAAUUUUAAAAAUAGGAAAUGUAUGUAUUUGUGUGUUGUAUUAAGAUACAAAGCUUUGUGAACAUUUUUUAAUUAUUUUACAUCCUGUCUUCCACAAAUUACUGAAUUAGCUUGUAUAGAAAAAGUUGCUUACAUAAUGAGUCAUUUCCUUUUCUUUGCUCAUGCAGAAAAAUAUAGUUUUAAGAAACAUGUUACAGUGAAAGCAUUGUAAUUGCGUUAGGUAAAAAAAAUGUUCACUAUUGCUAUAUUGGUACAGAAAAUGUAUUUGUGUAGCUCUGAGUUGUUUUAGAGCUCAUAUUAAUAUUCUCAGUAAAAUCUUACAGUACAUCAAAUGUUGAGAUUUAUGUUAAUCCCACAAACUGAGGCCUUACCAAAUACUGUCAGUAUAGUAUAUACAGUAGGUAACAAAUGGACUUGUGUGAUUUCCUGUGUGUAUAUGUCACGAUUACUCAAUGUCUGGAGUGAAAAAAAAAGACUUUUCAUCUGGGUGUUUAUUAUUAUCGCCAAAGUGUGAUUAAGUAAAUAUUCAGCUUAUCUUCUUUAUGUGUUUUAGAAGGUGUAUGGAAUGUUGCCCUUUUUUCCCCCUUCAUGGAUGUAGGUAUGUGCAAAUGUUGUAUUUACUUUAAUUUUCCACCAGUCACUGCCAUUUGUAUCUGGUCUAUGGGUCAUAUUUCCAAUUGCUGGAACAGAGUUGUUCCUGUAUGGAGGGAAUGAAUCAUUCCUUAUAUACAAUAUAAUUAGCAUAUAA